GCCGCCGUAAUGUUGAGCGAGCCGAACGGGACCCGAAUGCUUGCUCCGUUCGAUGAGAACGGCGUCGUCCACUACGGCGUGCUGAACGACUGGUCGGGCUGGAGCUACAGCGUGCUGCACCACAAGGCGACGCUGAAUCUUUUCAGGGUGCUGCGUCAGUACCAGAGGCAGAGGGACGCCGGACGACCGUACCUCUUGGGAGGGAUAGUGUACGCCGUCCGGAUGCUGCCUUCGUACAACAAGCAGCAGCUUGACAUGAUCGACCACAUAGUCAAAGACUUCAAGGUGGACAUGCUUGUGGCAACGACCCACAUGGAAGAAACCUACCAGUACACCUUCGACUGCAGAAUCACGGGACCGACCACUUGGGACCACAAGUACGACAGCCACGAGCUUCCCAUCAUCGAUGUGAUCAAGCGGCUCUCCGACCGGGGAUACCUGGACCUGAACAUCCCGGUGGCCGUGUCGUUCACCCUCAAGGGGUUUUGGUACAGGCCGGAAAAGAACGUACACGAGGUCUACUUUGCUCCGGGCAAGCCGUGUGGCUACAUUGUCGGUGAUCCGACCGUCGGCAGCUACACAGAGGUCUGCGAGAACACCACCUACCAGAGCCAUAUGACGACCUUCGAGGAAGGCCACUUCUUCAAUUACACGUUCUGCAGGGAAUGCGACCGCACCUUCGUAUUCGAAACCCUCAGCAGCAUCACUCAAAAGGUGGUGCUGGCUCACCGCGCUCACCGCAGGCUGAGCUUCGCGCUUUUCGACAUCGACUACGAGGACGUGUUCAACCUGUGUCCGGACAACCUGUACGGGGCCUUCGACCGGGUGGCCGCCGUGCGAUGGCUCACGGACCGGUUCAAGGAGCUCCGGGAAGCCGCGAUCGCCGCAGGCCCGGGGUCCCCGGCCUCGUGACGCUGGCGCACCCCCGCGGCCGUCGGCCGCAUCACGCGCAGACGGACGCUGCCAACCUAAAUUUUUCCGCACUUAAUGGAAAGAGAAAUUCGCUUAUUAUGGA